AUGUCGACUGUCCGCCUUGUCGUCCCUCCUUCUUCGUUCUUCAACUUCCAGAACGCCUCUCAGCCAAUCCCACCUUCAAUUCCUCAUGCUAUCCCCGGUGAUAUCUACACCCAGCUUCUCGACGUCAGGGUGCCAAUUACCAUUGCCACCGUCUACGCCAUCACCGUUCACUAUCUCAACUCUGUAGCCUCCAAAACUACCCCUCCAACCCCCUACUCCUUCGCCAAAACCGCUGCUUUCAAGUGGUUUGUUAUUCUCCACAAUGCCUUUUUGGCUGUCUACUCCGGCUGGACCUUUGUAGGCAUCACAUCGACGCUUCAGAGGACUAUCAGUUGGGACAAUGGAUUCGGUGGGUUCGUUCACGGACUCUGCAAGAUCCACGAUGAAAGUGUGGCAGUUGGAAUCAACGAUGUUAGUGGAUUAAGCCCUAGAAUUGCUUCGGGGAGUGGAUUGUGGGAAGAAGGGUUGGCGUUUUAUGGAUGGUUGUUCUAUCUCAGCAAGUUUUAUGAGGUUAUCGAUACCGCUAUCAUUUUGGCUAAGGGAAGGAAGAGCAGCACCCUACAGACUUAUCAUCAUGCCGGUGCUAUGAUGUGCAUGUGGGCUGGUAUUCGAUUCAUGUCUCCUCCAAUCUUCAUCUUUGUUCUCUUCAACUCCGCCAUCCAUACUCUUAUGUAUACCUACUAUACCCUCUCUGCCUUCAAAAUCCGUGUCCCAACACCAAUCAAACGUCUCCUCACCACCAUGCAAAUCACCCAAUUCCUCGUUGGUGGUUCUGGUGCCGCUAUUCAAAUCUUCAUCUCCUACAUCCCACCCACAGUCCUAACCGACAUCUCUGACACCAUCAAGGAGAAUGCCGGUAUCGAUAUGCACAUCGGAGAAUUGAACAAAGAGUUUGUCAGCUGUCUUAGCGGCGGUGCUGAGGUCUGGGCUGUUGUUACGAACGUGGUUUACCUGACCCCAUUGACUUAUUUGUUCGUGAUGUUCUUUAUUAAGAGCUAUUUGGGACCAAGAAAAGGCGGCAAGACUGUCAAGCCUGCUGUCAAUGGUGGGGAAAAGAGAGAGGUUAAGGCGGAGUAA